UUCCCUCAGGUGGCGUCGUGGCCAUCAUGUCUGCCAGAAACAACAGCUCAGAUGUGACUGAAUUCAUCCUGAUAGGAUUUCCAGGCUCCCUGGGGCUCCACCUAAGCCUUCUAUGGCUCUUCCUGUUGGCUUACAUGCUGACUGUGACAGAGAACUUGGUUAUCAUCACAGUAAUCUAUGCCAGUCCCUCGCUGCACAAACCUAUGUACCUCUUCCUCAGCAACCUGUCCUUCCUAGAGGUUUGGUACAUCUCCGUCACCGUACCCAAAAUGCUGCUCAGUCUGCUCUCACCCAAGUUCCAGCGCAUCUCCUUCACAGGCUGCAUGGCGCAACUGUACUUCUUCUUGGCGCUAGCCUGCACCGAGUGCGCGCUCUUGGGGGUCAUGGCCUACGACCGCUAUGUGGCCGUCUGCAACCCCCUUCGCUACCCAGCCAUCAUGAGCCCUGGUCUCUGCAGCCUCCUGGCUGGUGGUUCCUGGUUCUCUGGCUUCACCAUCUCCCUGGGGAAGGUCUUCUUCAUUUCCCGCCUGGGCUACUGCGGCCCCAACAUCAUGAACCACUUCUUCUGCGAUGUGUCCCCGCUACUGAACCUCGCCUGCUCUGACAUGUCCGUGGCAGAGCUCGUCGACUUCCUCCUGGCACUGCUCAUCCUGUUGGGGCCCCUGGUGUUAACUGUCUUCUCCUACACAGCCAUCCUCAGCACCGUGUUGCGCAUGCCCUCCGCCGGGGGCAGGCAGAAGGCCUUCUCCACCUGCGCCUCGCACCUGGCCGUGGUGGUCAUCUUCUACUCAGCCUCCCUCUUCAUCUAUGCCCGGCCACGGGCCAUUUACUCCUUUGACUACAACAAGCUCGUGUCGGUUGUCUACACAGUGCUCACACCCCUAAUCAACCCAAUCAUCUACUGCCUGCGGAACCAGGAGGUCAAGCAGGCAUUGCGCAAGGUGCUGCAGAGACUAGCCCAGGCUUUGGGAGCCUCCUCCUAGGUGGAAUCAUGCUUCUCCAGACAUGAGCCUGCUACCCAGUUCACCAGAACCCAGUUGGAUGAGCAGACGGGUUGGCACGCCCUCCCACCAGUCCCUGAAUCCUGCUUAGGACUACACAGCCAGCUGCCACACUAUGGCUCCCAGGUCGCAGGCCAGGACCCACUCAGGAGCCCUUGCCUGGACCCAUGUGAAGUCUGCCCUCAUGUGAGGGCUCUUUCCAACCAACCAACUGUGAUAUAUAUGUAUGUAUAUAACCUGAGGAGAUGAGAGCAGACCAUGAAGCACCAGAUUCCAGAGGAAGAUGUCAGCACACACAGAACUUCUAGCUCUGCAUCCCAUACAGGUAUUGCAACAGCAACAGCAGCCUUGACGCCCACACAUAUAACCCAAUUCCAGUGGCUUCUGCUGGGUGGUUUGUCUUCCAGAAGAAGGGGUCUCAAGGUUGCAGAGGGUAAUAGGAGAGGGGAACAAACAGCUUGGGAAAGAAGAUAAAGCAGGUAGAACCCGAGAGACCAAGAAUACUGCCAAGCAGAGACGGCCUGUCAGCCACCUGAUGAGCACUAGCCACCCUCCAGCUCCAUCGAGAACCUGCAGAGUGAAAACAAAGGCAGGAAGGGGGCCCAGGAUACAUGCCUCUGGACACUGACAAAAGGCAGGAGUUGGGGAAGGACCUUCUCACGGAGAUCUGAACUCCGUAUCCUGACCUUCAGACCGUUCCUGAAGCCCACCACCCAACAGACCACAGGCACCUGCUGCCCUGAAAGAGCUGGGCUGCCUGCUACAGGGCAGGCAUCUUCAGAAGAUCCUGACUUCAGCCAGAGUUCAGCCAUUAGUAUCCAUGACAGUUUCAGACCUGGGAUCCCAGGACCUCAUUCUCUGUUGGAGGAGACCUUGGUCUGCUCCUCUUGAGGGGGAUGGACAGUGAAGACCCCAGAUCACAUCUGCCAUACUGCUCCAGAUUCCCACCAGAUGUGCAAAGGACUCCGGGCAGUGUGUCCCUUUCAAUGCUACCUUGUUUUCAAAGGGCUCAAGGAUUCCGAGGACUCAUGCCGCCCUACCCCAGUCCUCAACUCAGUUGUCUGUGGGUCAGGAGAUGUGUGACAUUCUGUGGGUUUUUAUCUGAUGAUGGCUCCCAGCAGUGCUUGCUAGGCCACAUUAACCUGUACUCCAGACAUAUGAAAGCCCUGUGUGUCGCUCUUAAGACCAUAAUAAAAGCACACAAGGCAUAUCAAAGCUUUAGUUGACACCUAGGUACUGCGCUAAUCUAUGUAGAACAGGUAUGUGAAGUGACAGCCAACUCCUGGAGCAGGGACUCACAGAGUCACAGAUACGUAGAGUGUAGGUAUAUGAGGAUAGAAUCUUCCAAGUCCUAGGGAGGUGGUCUCAUCUGCUCUGGAGGUGAUACAUGGCCUGAGGAUCUGGGGUACCAUUUGUCUAUGAGGGAAAUUUGAACAAGAGAAGAGGAAGGGAGGAUCAAAGCCAGGCAAAUUAGGAGCUCUAUGCAGAUGCUAACCCAAGGUCUGUUGCUGGUCACCACCUGGCUAGUGGAAGAUGCAGGUCUGUAUUUGCAAUAGGGAGGCCAGGACCCUGUCCCUACAUACCCUGCCCAAGCAUCUUGCCCUACAGACUGAUAAAUAAAUGCCUCUUGAUCAAAAUUGACACGCACACCCUCUUCCAAAUACCUGUAAACUCACCUUCUAAACAUGCAGAGUGGAAACCAGCUCACUGAUUCACCAUUGCACUAAUAAAGUAUAUGCAGUAUCUGCCCUAUCUAGGUGCUGCCCAACCCCACGGAGACCAGAGAAUCAGGCCCAUCCAACACUGAAAGCCAGAGUCUGGUGCCUGCCUCCAGUAGGCUGUUCUGGGUGCCAGGACCAUGGUUGGGACAUGUGCUCUUGAGGAUGGACAAGUAUCUGUGAAGCAGUACAACUGAAUAUGGACGCCU